ACCCUCACCACUUAGCCCUCUCAAAACCCUUUUUCCCUCGCCUCUCUCCUCCUUCCACUCUUCUCGAAGGCGAGGAGCGCCAUGGAGUCGAUUAGAUCCGAGAGGUCUCCGUCCUCGGAGAUCGGCGACGGCCGCCGAAGCGGAUGGCCCUCUCUCGAUCGACAGCCGCCUAACUGCGACAGCUCUGCCGUCCAGGACGCCUUGGAGCACUUGGCAUCAAUUGAUCUCCUAGAACUAUGUAAUGAAGCAAAAGUUGAGCAUUGUCGAGCAACUAGGGACUUAAGCAGCUGUGGACGUUGUGUACAACAUGUGCUCAACUCAUGUGGACAUGCCUCUUUAUGUGAAGAAUGCAGCAAGAGAUGUGAUGUUUGCCCAAUUUGUAGAACCUUGAUACCGAGUGAUGAAUGUCGACUCCGUCUUCGUCUCUACUAUAAGUGCAUUGAGGUUGGCCUUAUCUUGAAACAGCAUGAUGAUAGAUCCCAAGAGAGAGAAGUCAGCCAAAAACAUAUGACGGUUCAUAUUGAACGGUUAUAUUCUCUUUUUGAUGUGGCAUUGAAGAACAACCUAGUUUCUUUGAUUUGUCAUUAUAUUACAGAUGUUUGUAUGAAUGAGAAUGCAGUAUCAAGUGACCCGGUAUUUGCUUUUCUUUUGGAUGAAGUGGUUGUCAAGGACUGGUGCAAAGAGACAUUUAAAAAUAUUGUCUCUGAUCUUUGUGAGAUAUACAGUCGUGGAACAGAAGCUAUGAGAUCUAGCAUGUCUUUGAUGCAGAAGUUUGCAUUGCAUCUAAGUGGCCUUUCAAAUGUUCUUGAGGUCAUGACUUCAUCAUUUAAAGAAACAUUUGCUGCUCAAGUUCAUGACCUGCAUCACCUCUUGGAGAAUGUACUGAAGGCAAAGCAGCAUUUGGAGGUCAUGAUUUGGUGUACCAGACACCAGUUCCUUCGUGAUGUUCAAUCACGAUUUUAUAAUUUAGGAAAUUCUGAGGCAUGGAACUUGGAUGUUUAUGAAAGGAAGUCAGCUGCAAUUAAGAGAUCAUGGCCUCAGUGCUCGAGUAACUUGGUGGAUUCUGCUGGGCAGCAUGAUAACACACUUUUUAUUGAAGAUGCAUUAUCAAAUCUAGGGAUAGAAGAAAGUUACGUGCAGACAGGGGUAGAAGUGGAUAUUUCUUGCUUACAAGAUGAUAGUUCAGGAUUGCUAUUCCUAUCCAAGAUAGAUAUUGCAGGUGGAAAUGGAUAUCCAUUUCGGAAUUUGCAAGCUGCUGCAGAUAUACUCUUUCUGCGUGGGACCUCUGAUAUGGUGGUUGCUAAACAAGCGAUAUUUCUAUAUUAUCUAUUUGAUCGGCAUUGGAAGAGACCUGAUGCAGAAUGGAAACACAUAGUUGAUGAUUUUGCUAUUUCCUUUGGCAUUGCUACCCAUACAGUACAGGAGUCUUUGGUUUUCUAUCUCUUGGAUGAUCAUACCCCUCAGGCUUUACAGGAAGCUAUAAAUCUUCUCCCUGAAGUUGCUGGCCCAGAAAUACAUCCGAAGAUAGCUCAAGUUCUCUUAGAACGUCAGCGUGCUGACGUCGCCUUGUCUAUUUUACGUUGCAGUGGGCGUGAUGGAGGCUUGUCUAAUAUAAACACCGAUAAUGAUUUCCCACAGCAUGAGUUCCUAGGCGAGGCAAUAACAGCAGUUAGAGUUAGAAUUGAGUGUGGGCUUCUGACAGAAGCCUUUAUGUUUCAGAGGAUGCAGUGUUCAAAAGCUAAAGACAAAAACUUGAAGUAUAAAUUGGAUAUAGGAUUUUCCAACUCUUCAAACACUGAGUUCUGGAUAUACCUCACUGAAGUUUUGGUAACUGAAAUUUGCCAUCUCUGUAUUCGGAGGAACUUGGUAGACAGAAUGAUUGAGUUCCCUUGGAACUCUGAUGAGGAGAAGCAUCUCCACAAGUGUCUCUUUGAUCAUGGUUCUCAAAAUCCUUCAUCAACAUGUGGUAGCCUUUUAGUGGUCUUCUAUCUUCAGCGUUAUAGAUUCACAGAGGCAUAUCUAGUCAAUCGUGAUAUUCAGACCAUGGAACAGACAAUUCUAGAGUCUGCAAAUGAAGAUGUUGCUUCUAGGGUACAGUUGAUAUGUCAGUGGAGGGAAGGAUUGAUUGAUAAAUGUCUCGAUUUGCUGCCUGAGGUACAACGGCAGAACAUAUUGGCCGAAAAUGUCACUGAUUAUGGUCAUGUUUCUUUAGAAGAUGUUCAGAUGUCUUUAGUAUCUGAUUUAUCCAAUGCACAGCCAAAUCUUUCUACCAUCCCAAAUAACUCCUCUGUCGUUCUUCAAACAAAUUCAAGUUCUUAUGCUUUGAGAAAAUCUAAUGCACCUGCAGCAAGCCCUAUGCAUGACAGCAAUUUUGGGACUGCAAGCAAGGUUCCAUCUGCUAUCCAACGGAGGCUUCUUGUGUCUUUUGAAAGCCCUUCUGCCAAUAUGAAUGCAGAAGCUACUGAUGGAGCAUAUUCGUCAUAUCCCUUUAAUGGUGUAAUCCCAUCAUCUAAUGAUACUAAUGUUAGAAACAUGAUGUGGCAAGCUGACAUGAAACAAGCAUUUCAACCUGUUGAUGGUGACCAUUCUGUAAAGUUUCACCAUGGUUCUAAAGCUAAGCCUAAGCCCACAAGAGGGCCGAAUUCAAGUGCAGCAAGAGUGCUUCGGAAUGAAAACCCACGGCUUGUUUUUCCCAGAGUCACUUCAGCAGACCAUUGUCAUGAUGGCUCUCGGAAGGAGUCUGUUCAUGACCCGAUUCAAAGUUCCAGACGUUACAAUCUGCCUGAUGGAUCAUUGACCAUGAUUUCAAGGGAGGCUAAUGCGAGUUCAUGGAGUUUUGGAAGGAGUGAUAUCCCUGAAGAUAAAGGCCGGAUGGUUGGGUCAAGGUGGAGAUCUGAUGAAUCUAGUGAAGAUGAAGAGGAUUUCGAGUCUACCAAGUUGACGGUUGGUGGAGCUUCCGCUACAAGUAGAAGGCGACCCAGGCUUUUCAGAAGAUGAUGUUCAAAGUGGAUGUGAAGCAUGAUUGGACUUUUCCAAGUAUGUAGUAAUUACUCUCUGCUAUCAUUGGUCAUUAUGCACAAGCAGGUCUGAGAGUGAGGAAAUAUUAAUUCAACUGCAGAAAGAGCUCCACCAUCAAUCAAGGUGCACUGUGAAUGCUCCUCUGCUGAACAUACUAAUAGGAGCUCCCACGGUGCUGAAGCUUAUAAACUUCUAUCGGGGCAGGUGUAUCAAUUGUUCAUGUGCAAGUCAAGAAAUUGGGAUGACAUAUGUGGGGAUUGUUGCCAUAUUUGGGAUCAUCUUUGCCUCAUACCUUCUUUGGUUUGAUAAAUGAGAUCAACUACCCUCCAAGAGGAUGUGAUGCUGACACUGUUUCUUUCAGAAUUUGUGGAAAUUUGUAUGGGAUGUAUGUUGUUAACAGCACUUGUAGAAGCAUUCACAAGAAAACAUAAUUAGUACGUGAUGGGGAUUGAGCAGGAUAGUAAUCAAAAUACUAGGUUUUGAUGAGGCUGCUGCAUAUAUAGAAAUAUGGACAAUUUUAGAUUCAAAAGGACAAUAUUUUGUUAUAUUUAUCAUAUUUUAGCUGAUGAGUUGGGAUUGUUUAA